AUUGGAUCCGCCCUGGCGAGACAUCGACUGCGUCUGCAUCUGCACUCACUUUCUCAUUACACGAUGAACUUCAAUUGUCAUGAACAGUGUCUGCAGCUUUGAGAUCUCAUUCUUCAGUAUCUCGACAGUUGUCUAUCUCAACAAAAUCACUUGAUCGUCGCUCAUUGCCAUCUAACUCAUCUUUUGCUUCAUCUUGCUUCCUACCAAAGUCGACAUUCUCUACUGACCAUUUUACCCUGUACUAUCUGAACUUCCAACACAACCACAUCGUCUUCGCAAAGAAUUGUCCUUCGAUGACUUGAGUUCCUUCCAGAAAUAGGCUCUGGCCACACUCUCUAUCCACUGGUUUCGUCUAAACACCCACAAUGGCCACUCGGGGAAACGCUCCCUCACAUAUGCAGGCAUCUUUGCCUGCACUCCCACCACAUCUGCAAUCAGAUACUCAUCUGACCGCUCACCUUGCCAGCCGCUUCCAUGUUUCUUUGCCGGCUGCCAAGCUCUCGUCACAAGCCAUCGUCUGCCUCAAUACAUAUACGUCCUCAACUCGGGGCCCAAAUGGCGAAAAGGAGGGAAGCGCCAUGGCUGAGGCCGAAGACCUUGCACGAAGAGCAUGGACGAGACUGGGGAACAGGGCUGAAGACCAGUCUAUUGUCUUUUUCGGAGAAUCUGGGUCGGGAAAGACCACCGUUCGAUCGCAUCUUUUAACUUCAUUCCUCUCCUUUUCCUCGACGCCGCUCUCUUCCAAACUCUCACUCGCCGCCUUCGUGUUUGAUACCUUGACCACGACAAAAACCACUACCACUCAGACUGCCUCCAAGGCCGGCUUAUUCUAUGAAUUGCAAUACGAUGCCAUGUCCUCGAUCCCUACCCUCAUUGGAGGCAAGAUGCUAGAUCACCGCCUCGAGCGAAGCCGGAUCUCUCAUGUUCCCACCGGCGAAAGGAGUUUUCAUGUCCUCUAUUAUCUUUUGGCUGGUACAAGUGCCGCUGAGAAGGCACAUCUCGGUUUGAGCAACCAGACACAUGUCACCACCGCUGCCUCUGGCCUCACACGCUCUGCAUCGGUAGCCCAAAAGAGAUGGAGAUAUCUAGGACAUCCAACUCAGAUGAAGGUAGGGAUCAAUGACACUGAAGGCUUUCAGCACUUCAAGACUGCCCUCCGCAAGCUCGAAUUUCCACGCGCCGAAAUCGCAGAGAUAUGCCAGGUCCUUGCAGCCAUCUUACAUAUCGGUCAGCUUGAGUUUGGCACCGGACAAGCCACAUUGACUGCCGCAGAGGAAAGUGGUGGUUACUCGCACGAAGGCGGCGAGACUGUCACUGUGGUCAGGAACACCGAGACAUUGGCCACUGUCGCCGCCUUUCUCGGCCUAAGUGCUCAAGAAUUGGAAGAGAGUCUGCGCUACAAGACAAGAACUCUUCACCGUGAACGCGUCACGGUCAUGCUAGAUCCCAAAGGUGCUCGUGGAAAUGCCGAUGAACUAGCAACGACGUUGUACUCGCUCCUGGUCGCCUAUAUCAUUGAAGCCAUCAACCAACGAACUUGUGCGGCUGAGGAUGCAGUGGCCAAUACCGUCUCCAUUGUUGAUUUCCCUGGGUUUGCUGAUCACCCUUCCACCGGUUCCACGCUCGACCAGUUGUUGAACAAUGCCGCCAACGAGUCGCUGUACAAUACCUGCUUACACGGCAUUUUCGAACGAACCACAGAGUCCCUUGACAGUGAAGAAGUCAGUGUUCCCGCAACAAGCUAUUUCGACAACAGCGACGCUGUGCGUGGCCUUUUGAAGCACGGUAACGGCUUACUUGCGAUCCUUGACGAUCAAACCCGCCGCGGACGCACUGACAUACAAUUCUUGGACAGCUUGCGUAAACGCUUCGACAAUAAGAACAAAGCAAUCACGGUGUCGACUGCCACAACAACACUCCCGGGGAGCAACUUUGCCACUACGAAUCUCGCAGCCUCGUUUUCCGUCCGACAUUAUGCUGGUGAGGUCGACUAUCCCGUCCACAGCUUAGUCGAGGAGAAUGGCGAUGUCGUAUCUGGUGACCUUAUGAGUCUUAUGAAAUCUACAAAGAGUGAUUUUGUUGCCCUCCUGUUCGGCCAGGAAGCACUCAAUACUGUCAGCCACCCCGCCGAGAAAAGCGCUAUUGUUCAGGCUCAGGUGAGCUCGAAACCUUUGCGAAUGCCCAGCAUAUCAAGAAAGAAGCACGACCAAUUGCGGCGGAUGGGGAGCAUAAGGGCAGACCGUUCGCCAGCUCCUGUGGCAGAGUCUGCAGAGUCAGGUGCUCGUCCUGAUGAUCUACGGACCCGGCGAACAAAACCUUCGGCAUCCGGUCUCACGCAAGGUGCUGCAGCCCAAUUCCUGUCUGCGUUGGACAACAUCACCAAAUCCUUGACUGCUCCUAACGUCAACAACUAUUUUGUGUUUUGCUUGAAGCCAAAUGAUCGCAGGAUAGCCAACCAAUUUGACAGCAAGUGCGUUCGACAGCAGAUCCAGACAUUCGGCAUUGCAGAAAUUAGCCAGAGGCUUCGAUUAGCAGACUUCAGUAUCUUCUUACCUUUUGGCGAGUUUCUAGGCAUCGCCGACACUGACGAGGGUGUAAUUGGAAGCGACCGAGAAAAGUCACAGCUGAUUCUCGAUGACAGACGUUGGCCUCCCAAUGAAGCCAGAAUUGGCAAUACAGGUGUCUUCUUGAGUGAACGCUGCUGGGCCAGUAUAGCGCUCACGGGCUCUCAGGCAGCUGCAUACUUUGGCGAAGGAAACGCUCUGUCGCGGCCUGAUACGCCUGGAGGCAACCCAUUCUCAGAUUCAAAAUCACGGCUCGUGAGCGCCAGGGGCACCCCAGGCUCGAUCUAUGGAGAAGAGACCAAAGGUGGCUAUUUUGGCGUGCGUGACUUGGAUGCCAAAUCAGAGGCAGGUGCUUCAGCAUUCCACUCUGGCGACUUGUUCCGAAAUCUCGAGACCAAAGAAGAGCUUGCUGAGAAGGGAAACAAAAAGAAAAUGGAAGAGGUCGACGUCUUGCCUGUCAGUGGAAGUCGUAAGCGCUGGCUUGCCAUCGUUUAUCUUCUGACUUGGUAUCUACCCGACUUCACCAUUAAAUGGGUGGGUCGGAUGAAGAGAAAGGAUGUUCGCGUUGCGUGGCGGGAGAAACUGGCCAUCAAUCUCCUGAUCUGGCUCAGCUGCGCUUUUAUGAUCUUCUUCAUCGUCUUCUUCCCAGGCUUGAUCUGCCCCAGACAGGAUGUUUACUCGGCCGCCGAACUCUCGUCCCAUGACGGCAAGGGCAAAAAUAGUGCCUACGUCGCAAUCCGUGGCCAGGUCCUCGAUCUCGGAGCGUUCAUCCCCAGCCAUUAUCCCAGCAUCAUCCCUCAUUCUGCACUCGAGAAAUACGCUGGCCUUGAUGCGACCGGACUGUUUCCAGUUCAGGUUUCUGCUCUCUGUCAAGGGAAAGACGGCAGGGUGGAUCCGACUGUCUUGCUCGACUAUUCUGCCACCAACAUCUCUGGCUCUGCCAACGUCAUCAGCUUGACGGAUCCAAAUCAAAGAUACCACGACUUCCGCUAUUGGACCAACGACUCGCGUCCGGAUUGGUUUUUUGAGCAAAUGAUCAUGCUCAAAGCCAACUACAAGAAAGGCGAGAUUGGCUAUACACCACAAUAUGUCAACACGCUGGCACAGCAGUCAAGGGCGAUUGCAAUUCUGAAUAACAGAGUGUACGACUUCACCACGUACAACCAGGGCGGCCGGCCUACCAAAGCCCCAUACGAUGAAGAAGUGCCUGCCGGAGUAGACGUCAAUUUCAUGGACGACUCCGUGGUCAGUCUCUUCACCCAACGGGCCGGGCAAGACGUUACGAAGUACUGGAAUAACCUUGCCAUCGAUUCCGCCUUGAAGAGUCGAAUGCAACUGUGCUUAGACAACCUCUUCUUUGUGGGCGUGACCGACACUCGUAACUCGACACAGUGUCUUUUUGCGCAGUAUCUCCUCCUUGCCGUCUCAAUCUUCCUGUGCAGCGUUGUGGGUUUUAAAUUCCUGGCUGCGCUUCAGUUUGGGGGGAGGAACGUCCCAGAGAACCUCGAUAAGUUUGUUAUUUGCCAAGUACCAGCAUAUACCGAAGACGAGGACUCGUUACGACGUGCGAUUGACUCGGCCGCGCGGAUGCGAUAUGACGACAAGCGCAAACUCCUCGUUAUCGUGUGCGAUGGCAUGAUCAUUGGUCAAGGCAACGAUCGUCCAACACCUCGCAUCGUCCUCGAUAUUUUGGGAGUUUCCGAGACAGUUGAUCCAGAGCCCCUCAGUUUUGAAUCUCUCGGCGAAGGAAUGAAGCAACACAACAUGGGCAAGGUAUACUCGGGCCUCUAUGAGGUUCAAGGCCACAUUGUACCAUUCAUGGUCGUGGUAAAAAUCGGCAAGCCGUCAGAAGUGUCGAAGCCUGGAAACCGAGGCAAACGAGACUCACAGAUGGUUAUCAUGCGAUUUCUCAACCGAGUGCAUUACAACUUGCCCAUGAGCCCUCUGGAGCUGGAAAUGCAUCAUCAAAUACGGAACAUUAUAGGCGUCAACCCGACUUUCUACGAAUUUAUGCUACAGAUUGACGCCGAUACAGUCGUUGCUCCCGACUCGGCAACUCGGAUGGUCGCCGCGUUCCUGCGAGAUACAAGGUUAAUCGGUUUAUGUGGUGAGACAUCGUUGACCAACUCAAAGGCAUCGUUUAUUACCAUGAUGCAAGUCUACGAGUACUACAUUUCUCACAACCUGACCAAAGCCUUCGAAUCGUUGUUUGGCUCGGUGACUUGUUUGCCUGGUUGUUUCACCAUGUAUCGAAUUCGAGCAGCAGAGACUGGCAAACCUCUCUUUGUCAGCAAAGACAUUAUCCAAGACUAUUCCGAGAUUCGAGUCGACACACUGCACAUGAAAAAUCUGCUGCACCUCGGAGAAGAUCGAUAUCUGACGACGCUUCUGCUGAAACAUCAUCCCAAGUACAAGACCAAGUACAUUUUCCAUGCUCACGCCUGGACGAUCGCUCCUGAUAGCUGGAAGGUGUUCAUGUCUCAGCGGCGUCGAUGGAUCAACAGUACAGUUCACAAUCUCAUUGAACUUAUUCCGUUACAGCAGCUCUGCGGGUUCUGUUGCUUCAGCAUGAGAUUUGUCGUGUUCCUCGAUCUGCUGUCAACCAUUGUUGGUCCUGUGACGGUUGUUUACAUUGUCUACCUCAUUGUUCUGGUGGCUACGCAGACCUCUGUGAUUCCUCUGACGGCGUUUAUCCUACUGGGAGUAAUCUACGGCUUGCAAGCAGUCAUUUUCAUUCUGCGGCGCAAGUGGGAAAUGAUUGGAUGGAUGAUCAUCUAUAUCCUCGCGAUGCCUAUUUUCUCUCUUGGACUUCCCUUGUACUCUUUCUGGCAUAUGGAUGACUUCAGUUGGGGUAAUACACGACUCGUCACCGGAGAGAAGGGGAAGCAAAUUCUCAUCUCGGACGAAGGCAAGUUUGACCCUGAUACAAUCCCGAAGAAGAAGUGGGAAGAGUAUCAAGCCGAGUUAUGGGAUGCGCAGACUCAACGAGACGAUGUGCGGUCAGAAUUCUCUGGACACAGUUACGGGACCAAGUCGUAUCACCCUGCUGGGUCGGUUUACGACAUGGACAACCAAUACCUGAUGCCAAACUCACGAUCGGCCUCGCAGUUGGACAUGCAUCCACCGGCAUAUAGCGGAGGGCACAAUCAAUCCAGAUUAUCCCUGGCUCCAGCAGAAAUGCUCGGAGAGGGUGGGUUUCUGCCGAGUGGUCGCUCCGUUGCCGAUAUGGAGUUAUCUGAUCUCAUGGGGCUGCCGACGGACGACCAGAUUCUCAACGAGAUUCGUGACGUUCUGAAGACGGCAGAUCUCAUGACAGUGACCAAGAAAGGAGUCAAGCAGGAGUUGGAGCGACGAUUCAAUGUCAACCUGGAUGUCAAACGGGCAUAUAUUGGAAGUGCUACGGAAGCAAUUCUUUCCGGACAACUAUAAAAUCAUGAUGUGUUGAUAUUUUGAGCGGACAUGUAUAGUGAAGGGAGGCGUACUUGUAAACAAGCUUGUUGGCAUGAAGGUCAAAGCAUAGAUGGAGUUUUGUCAGUUGAGAAUAAUGGCGGACUUGGUUGAUGGAUGUAGCGAGAAUAGCAGCGACAAUUUUUCAACUAUGCCAACUUGGUUUCAACUCAGAUUAGCCAUGUGUAUGACGUGCAAUGGAUCGUCUCUCGUUAGAC